GUGAAGAGUAGCAGAUCUAUGUUUCUUCCCAUUUACCUCAGUGAUACACCAGUGACCUCUGACCUCAGGGUGGAUGAAACACAAGUAGCCUUCCUGGUGGAGACUAGAGACCAACCAGUGAAUGAUGAACUACAGAGAGUCAAAGACCAGCACAAAACAAGCAUGAAGAACAAAUAUGAGAGAUUAUUUGAGGGAAUCAAACUCCAAGAGAAUGAAACCCUCCUGAACAGGAUCUACACACAGCUCUACAUCAUAGAGGGAGAGAGAGAAGGAGUGAAUGAAGAACAUGAGGUUUUACAGAUGGAGAAAACAGCAAGGACAAAACACUCACAAGACACUCCAAUCUACUGCAAUGACAUCUUUAAAGCCUCAGCUGAAGCAGGAUGUGAGGAGAAAGAGCAGAUCAAGACUGUUUUUACUAAAGGCAUCGCUGGAAUCGGAAAAACCGUCUCUGUGCAGAAGUUCAUUCUGGACUGGGCCGAGGGAAAAGCCAAUCAGGAUGUAGAUUUCAUGUUUGUGCUUCCAUUUCGAGAGCUGAACUUGAUCCGAGAUCAUCAGUACAGUCUUCACAGACUUCUGCUGGACUUUCAUCCUGAACUUCAAGAUCUGGACCCACAGAUUUUUGAGGAGUGUAAAGUAGUGUUUAUCUAUGAUGGUUUGGAUGAAAGCAGAAUCACACUGAUGUUUUCAGAUGCUCAGAAAGUUUGUGAUGUGACUGAGACUUCAUCAGUGGGUGUGUUGAUGUCAAACCUCAUCAGAGGAGAGCUGCUUCCCUCUGCUCUCAUCUGGAUCACCUCCAGACCAGCAGCAGCCAAUCAGAUCCCCUCCAAAUACAUCAACCGUCUGACAGAAAUCCAGGGAUUCAAUGAGUCUCAGAAGGAGGAAUAUUUCAGGAAGAAAAUCAGUGACCAGCAUCAAGCCAGCAGAAUCAUCUCACACAUCAGAAGAGCAAGAAAUCUCCACAUCAUGUGCCACAUCCCUGUCUUCUGCUGGAUCUCAUCCACUGUGCUUCAGAAGCUCCUGGAAGAAAAUCUGAGUGCAGAAAUCCCUCAAACUCUGACUGAAAUGUACAUCCACUUCCUGCUGAUUCAGAUCAACAUGAGGAAGCAGAAGUAUGAAGAGAGAGAUCCAGAGAAACUCCUGCAGUCCAACAGAGAAGUGAUCGUGAAACUUGCUGAAGUGGCUUUCAAACAGCUGAUGAAGGGCAAUGUGAUGUUCUAUGAGGAGGACCUGAGAGAGAGCAGCAUAGACAUCACUGAUGCUUCAGUGUAUUCUGGGAUUUGCACUGAGAUCUUUAAGGAGGAAUCUGUGAUUCAUCAGAAAAAAGUGUUCAGCUUCAUUCAUCUGAGUGUUCAGGAGUUUUUUGCUGCUUUCUAUGUGUUUUACCAUUAUGUAAUAACACAUGUUGACACGGUGCAGUUUUUGGAUGUAGUUCAUAAUCUGCAUAAAGGAGCAGUAGAUAAAGCCCUUGGGACAGAGAAUGGACAGCUGGAUCUGUUCCUGCGGUUCCUGUUGGGCAUCUCACUGGAGUCCAAUCAGAGACUCUUGCAGGAUCUACUGACACACACAGAGAACAGCUCAGAGAGCAUCAGGAGAACCACACAGUACAUUAAAGAGAAGAUCAAAGAUGGACAUGGACUCUCCACUGAAAGAUCCAUCAAUCUGUUCCUCUGUCUGCUGGAAGUGAAAGAUCACACUCUGUCCAGAGAGAUUCAGGAGUCUGUGAAAUCAGACAAACACUCAGAGAAGAAACUCUCUCCUGCUCACUGCUCAACAAUCGCCUACAUGCUUCAGAUGUCAGAGGAGCCACUUGAUGAGCUGGACCUCAAGAAAUACAACACUUCAGAUGAGGGGAGAAGAAGACUGAUACCAGCUGUGAUCAACUGCAGAAAAGCUCUGUGA